AUGUCCUGCCAACAAAACCACCCUGCCAAGUGCCUCCCCAAAUAUCCACCUAAGCACCCACCAAAGGCUUCUGAGGCCCUGGCUCCCUGCCCCCCUCUGCCUGCUCCUGCCCCCUUCUGCUGUGUCCCCAGCUGCUGUAUUUCUGGCUUUGGAAGCUGCUGCUCUCUGGUGUCCCACCGGUUUCCAAGUGUCUACCUAUGCCAGCCUCAGCCUUCCAACUGCUGUGAGGUGGAGCUCUCUGGAUGUUCCAGUUGCUGCCAUGGUUUUGGGGCUACAGCUGAUCUGCAACCUUGGAGGAGCAAAAGAGCCACAACCAAAGACCAGUCUGGAGUUGAUGUCACUUCUCACUCUCUU